CUUUUUAUAUAAACCCUAUUCUUUUGUUGCUACCUCUACUCCUCCUCCACGCUCUCCUUCUCUGUCGCAUCUCUUCUUCCUUCUUUCGGCGCUGGAUUUCAGUCGCGUUAAAGCUCUCGAUAAGAAGUGGUGCGGGAAGGCAUAGGUAGAGAUGGGAGUUAAAGCAAAGAAGGCUCAAAUGAAGAUGGUGAAGAAGGGUUCAUUGCAAUUGGCCGCUUCUGUAACUUCCAGGGACGAGGCUCCCGAUUUUGUGCCGUUGGAAGGUGGACCAGCAAAGAAGUUUCCCAUCACAAAACCAAAAGAAACCAGAGCAACAGUUUUGUAUAUUGGAAGAAUUCCACAUGGAUUCUAUGAAAAUGAAAUGGAAGGGUUUUUUAAGCAAUUUGGGGACAUCAAGAGGCUUAGAAUUGCUAGGAAUAGGAAGACGGGAAAAUCCAAGCAUUAUGGUUUCAUAGAAUUUGAGUCACCAGAGGUUGCAAAAAUUGUGGCAGAAACAAUGCAUAAUUAUCUUUUGUUUGAGCAUGUGCUGCAAGUGCGUAUUGUUCCUCCUGAGCGUGUUCAUCCAAAAUUAUGGAAGCACGCUAACCGCAAGUACAUACGUUUGGAUUGGGUCAACAUUGAAAGAAAGAAUCACAACAAGGAACGAACUCUGGAAGAACACAAGAAAUUGGUUGAAGGAAUAAAGAAGCGGGAUCGCAAGAGGCUUAAAAAGAUUGAGGCUGCUGGUAUAGAUUAUGAAUGCCCAGAAUUUGUUGGUAACAUUGAGACGGCUCCAAAGAAGAUCAAGUUUGACACAGAUUAAGUCCUCUGGAAGAUAUUACCACAACCUGAGCUAUUCUUGAAGUCGUUGAACAUGAGUCCAGGAAGGAUGCUAUCACUUUAUUGCGCAGAGUAUAGCCAGCUUAAAUCAUGGCAUCUAGACCCGUUUCUAUGUAUCUCGUCGCGUAUUCUAAUUGCACGUUUGCUGAGGUUGUUCUUGUUUUUGUAACAGUAUAAAACUGUCACUCUUUCAAUAUUAAGGUGAACAAGGGUGUUAGAUGUACCAGUUUACCUGGCAUCCGGUUCCUCGCCGUCUCAUUCUCUUAAAAUCAUUAAUUUUAAUCUUUAAGGUUUAAGCUAAAAUGAUCAAUGUAUGAAUUAUAUGUUUACAUGUAGUUUCAGAUUACUUGCAAGUUGCAAGCCCUCAGCGAACACAUUAAAGGUGUUUGACAAAAGUAUUAAAAUAACAAUGCACA